AUGGCCUUCACAGACUUGCUGGAUGCCCUAGGCGGUGUGGGCCGCUUCCAGCUCAUCUACACUGCCCUGCUGCUGCUGCCUUGUGCCCUGCUGGCCUGCCACAACUUCCUGCAGAACUUCACAGCUGCUGUGCCCCCCCACCACUGCCAGAGUCCCACCAACUACACUGCCACCAAUGACUCAGAGGCCUGGCUGAGAGCUACUGUCCCCCUCAACCAGCAUGGAGUCCCCGAGCCGUGCCAGCGCUUCACAGAGCCUCAGUGGGCCCUUCUAAGCCCCAAUACCUCUGUCCACAGGGCGGCCACAGAGCCCUGCAAGGAUGGCUGGAUUUAUGACCGGAGCAUUUUCCCCUCUACCAUUGUGAUGGAGUGGGACCUGGUGUGUGAGGCCCGCAGCCUCCGGGACCUGGCUCAGUCCAUCUACAUGGCUGGGGUGUUGCUGGGAGCCGCCGUGUUUGGCAGUCUGGCAGACAGGCUGGGCCGCAAGGCCCCCCUGGUCUGGUCGUACCUGCAGCUGGCAGUUUCGGGGGCAGCUACCGCAUAUUUCAACUCCUUCAGCGCCUACUGCAUCUUCCGGUUCCUAAUGGGCAUGACCUUCUCCGGCAUCAUUCUCAACUCCCUCUCACUGGUUGUGGAGUGGAUGCCCACCCGGGGCCGGACUGUAGCAGGCAUCUUGCUGGGCUACUCCUUCACUGUGGGGCAGCUGAUCCUGGCUGGUGUUGCGUACCUGAUUCGCCCCUGGCGGUGGCUACAGCUUGCUGUCUCUGCUCCUUUCUUGAUAUUUUUCCUCUACUCUUGGUGGCUGCCGGAGUCAUCCCGAUGGCUCCUUCUUCAUGGCAAAUCCCAGAGAGCUGUGAAGAACCUGCGGCUGGUGGCCAUGAUGAAUGGAAGAAAGGAGGAAGGGGAAAGGCUGACCAUGGGGGUGGUGUGCUCCUACGUCCAAAGUGAGUUUGCGAGUGCCCGAAGUUCCAACUCUGUCUUGGACCUCUUCCGAAGCCCGGCCAUCCGCAAAGUCACCUGCUGUCUCAUGUUGGUCUGGUUCUCCAACUCCGUGGCCUAUUACGGCCUGGCCAUGGACCUGCAAAAGUUUGGGCUCAGCAUCCACUUGGUACAGGCUCUGUUUGGGAUCAUCGACAUCCCGGCCAUGCUCGUGGCCACUACCACCAUGAUUUACGUGGGCCGCCGGGCCACAGUGGCCUCUUUCCUCAUCCUGGCUGGGCUCAUGGUCAUCAUCAACAUGUUUGUGCCUGAAGACCUGCAGGCCCUGCGCACAGCCCAGGCGGCGCUGGGCAAGGGCUGCCUGGCCAGCUCCUUCAUCUGCUUGUACCUGUUCACAGGAGAGCUGUAUCCCACGGAGAUCAGGCAGAUGGGCAUGGGCUUCGCCUCUGUCCACGCCCGUCUCGGGGGCCUGGCGGCACCUCUGGUCACCACGCUCGGAGAGCUCAGUCCCCUCCUGCCGUCAAUGGGCUUCGGUGCCACCUCAGUCCUGGCCGGGCUGGCUGUCCUCUGCUUCCUGACGGAGACCCGCAACCUGCCCCUGGUGGAAACCAUCGCUGCCUUGGAGAGGAGAGUCAAAGAAGACCUUUCCAAGAAGGAUACAACUGAGAAGAGUGAAGAAAUUUCUCUUCAGCAACUGGGGGCUUCUCCCCUCAAAGAAACCAUCUAA